CGUUGCUAACUUCAGUCAGACUGUGAUUGUGCUGUUGUGAAAAGCAGUUGAACUUAUUGAUUUAGACUCUCCUAACGCUGACUUUCAGGAUAACGUUACGGACUGGAGGACCUAAAGAACGUGUCCCAAACACUGGACAGACUUAAUCUCGUGGACGUGAAUGGACAGAGUGACCGAGUACACACGGAUUCUGUGAGACUUAAUCACCCCUUUGGAAACCCCGUUAUGCCUGUAAAAAAGAAAAGAAAGUCCUCUGGUUCAGAAGACCCCAGCAUCCGGAAGUGCAAAAUUACCAGCUACUGUAGAACCCAGACUCCAGGAAGACUGAUAAACCCUGAAGAUCAGUUCUCCAGCAAAAAGUGCCUCGCAUGGUUUUAUGAGUAUGCAGGGCAAGAUGAUGUGGUAGGACCAGAGGGUAUGGAGAAAUUCUGUGAAGAUAUCGGAGUAGAGCCAGAGAAUAUUGUCAUGUUAGUCUUAGCGUGGAAAUUAGAAGCACCAAAUAUGGGAUUUUUUACUAAAGAAGAGUGGCUGAAGGGAAUGAGCUCACUGCAAUGUGACUGCACCGAGCGGUUACAAGGGAAGCUCGACUACCUGCGCUCUCAACUCAACGAUGCAACCGCGUUCAGGAACAUUUACAGAUAUGCCUUCGACUUUGCCAGGGAUAAAGAUCAGCGUAGUCUAGACAUGGACACUGCUAAAUCAAUGUUGGCGUUGAUUCUUGGAAGAACGUGGCCCCUGUUUCCUGUCUUUCAUCAGUUUUUGGAGCAAUCCAAAUAUAAGGUGAUGAACAAGGACCAGUGGUACAACGUGUUAGAGUUCAGCCGCACUGUAAACUCAGACCUCACUAACUAUGAUGAGGACGGAGCCUGGCCGGUGAUGCUGGACGAGUUUGUGGAGUGGUAUAAAGCCAGACUGACUUCAUAGCGCCACCUGACCACACGUGUAAAAUAUAAGGGCAAAGAGAGCAAAGCACAUCAAUGGAAGCCGUUCCCUCAUCAUCACCAGUCCAAAACAUCACACACGCGCACACACACACAACCAGGACUGCCAUCACGCUUGUUGAGUUGCAGGUGGAUCCGUCGCUACCCACAGACUUUCACAGUGUUAAUUUACUUUUAAAAAGGAAACCAUCAGAUCAGGAGGGAACUGAUUUCAUGUGUGUUACAUCUUUCACAGCAGUUUUAUUGCCAGUGUUGUAUGGUCUGGUGGAGAGAAGUCAUUUGUUCAUGUAAUAUUUUUGUUUUACCUUGUUUAUAGUGUUUUCAAAAGAAAAUAAAGCAAUUGUAUGGAAUUA